UAACCUAAUUAGAAUCUCACUCUCAUCACAAUCCCACAAAAGAUUUUUUUUUUUUUUUGUAUGUGAACCCAUUCCCAAUCAAUUAAUAUACCCUUUCAUCAUCUCUAGCAACGAAAUUCUAAUUGGAGAAAUUCAAAAGAAUUAAAUUCCAAAUUCAAAGGAAUCAAAUUCUAAUCGCAGAGUGAGUAAAAUUCCAAUCGGAGAAAUUCUAUAAGGAAUCAAAUUCCAAUCGCAGAGUGAGUUAAAUUCCAAUCGGAGAAAUUCAAAGGAGUCAAGUUCCAAUCGCAGGCCAGAGUUUUACGAUUAGUUCACAUUUUAUUUCUUCUUCUUUCGCUCCUCUCUCUACACCACUCUCUUAUUUACACUAACUAUUAUUAUGUAAAUGACCCCUUCAGAGAUCCCAAGCUUAUCUCCGAGAAAGAGUAGGAAACGAGACGGGCGAAAUCUUGAUUGGAAGGGCGACAUGGUUUUAAAGAAGUCUCGUUAUAUCAAAGGGCAGUUUAAAAGGAUAAAGGAACAAGCUGGUUUGAAUAUGAGUAUUGAAAUCGAGGAAACAAUUGUCAAUGGCUCCUUUAAUAUGAUGUAUGGUGAACUUUUAAUGUUGACUUGAGCCUUUGGGUAAACUUAUUUACUAGAGAGUUGAGAAUUGUCUAUCAAAGGUGGAGCAGUCUCCGUCUGAAUCAAUGCAAAGUGCACUUUCUCCGUCAUUGAAAUCAUUGGUUGAUGAAACACUUUUAGGACAUACAAAUGUUGAUGUUAAAGUUGCAGUUGCAUCUUGCAUCAGUGAGAUAACAAGAAUUACUGCACCUGAUGCUCCUUAUGAUGAUGACCAGAUGAAGGAGGUCUUUCGGCUUAUUGUAUCAUCAUUUGAAAAUCUAUGUGACAAGUCAAGCCGAUCAUAUACAAAAAGAACCUCAAUUCUUGAGACUGUUGCAAAGGUCAGGUCUUGUGUGGUGAUGUUGGAUCUUGAAUGUGAUACCUUGAUCCUAGAAAUGUUCCAGCAUUUUCUAAACGCAAUUAGCCCCACUUCGUUUGGCUCCGGGGGUAUCAAGGGCGAUGAUGGAGUACCUGGAAGAGUUCGAGUGGCCAUAAGAUUGCGACCCCGAAAUGCUGAAGAGUUGGCGACGGAUGCGAUUUUGUUGUGUAGAGCUAACGGCGGAGGUACUUUCAGUUUUGUUGUUUCUCACUCAUUGUCGUUUCUAAAAUGGCUGAAACUCAGUAAAAACAAUUGGGAUUCAGACACGUACGAAUUUGAUGAGGUGCUUACUAAAUUUGCAUCCCAAAAGCGAGUAUACGAAGUCGUUGCUAAGCCUGUAGUGGAGAGCGUCUUGGAUGGUUAUAAUGGGACCGUGAUGGCUUAUGGCAGGUACAGGAAAAACAUUCACACUUAG